AUGGUAUCUAAAACGCUAGCAUGUACAGGUAUUAUUUUUGAUUUGGAUGGUACGCUGAUUGAUACGACACCUUUGGUCAUUCAAGCGUGGACGGAUAUUGCCAAAAAAUACAAUUUAGAUCCAGAACAGAUUCUAGCUACUUCGCAUGGAAGAAGAACGAUUGAAACAUUGCAACGUUGGGUACCCGAGAUAGCUACGGUCGAGUAUGUCAACCAAUUUGAAGCAGAAUUGGCGCAAAAUAUGGAAGGCGUGAUGAUCUUGCCUGGUGUGAGAGAGUUGGUUGGCAGCAUUGACGUCCAAGAUUGGACGGUCAAUACAGCAGGAACAUGGACGAUGGCCACGACACGUUUGACGCAAUUCAAUCUUCCUGUACCCAAGGACAUGGCAACGGGGGACAGGUUGACGCAUGGUAAACCCCAUCCCGAAGGCUAUUUGAGAGCGGCCGAGAUCAUUGGUAAAGAGCCUCGUCAAUGCAUUGUGUUUGAAGACGCUCCAGCGGGUGUUCAAGCAGCGGUGGCGGCGGGUAUGCAAUGCAUCGCUUGUUUAACGACGCAUACCGCACAACAAUUAAAGGAGGCGGGUGCUACCGUGAUUGUGGAACGUCUUGAUUCUGUCCAUGUCAAGAAACAAGCAGACGGAACCUAUCAGAUGACGGUCGAUAAAGUAGUUGAAUAAAACUCGUUUGUGUUUUUUCUCUAGGCGCUUGGGGAACCCUGUUUCCCAUCCUUGAGGCGAUA